AUGCUUGGAUUUUCUGAAACCACGUCUUCCUACACUGUGAAACCGUUUAAACAACAGGACCCUUCGAGGAAGGUAACAUGGCAAUGGAAUGCAAAGGAUAAGGCUCACGAGUUUGUGUUGAACGUGGUCGGUUUGCAAGAUCUUGUAGAACGACGCAGCAGUGAGGCGUCUGGUGCUCAUCCGCCAGACUUUUUCUGUCGCCUAUGUGCUGUCGUGAUUCCGCGUAGAUCUGCUGCACUUGAAGCUCAUGUUCGAUCUGCGCAGCAUAUUUUAUGUUAUGUGCACAAAUAUCAUCCCCUUACCAUCAUGGAGCUUGACUCGCUUCCUAAAGAAGGCGGAAAGGAGAUGAGGAAAAUUCUCGCGCAACUUUUGAAAGACCAUCAGCUGAAAGAUCAGUACUGCAUUCCCAUCUAUGAUCCUAUCGGCGAACAAGAACGAAAAGGAAUUGUGGCUAUGCAGAGGGCAAAAGAUGAAGAACGUCAAAGGAAUAUAGCUGAAGCGCGACAGAAAGCUCAGGAGUUGAGAAAGAAAAAAGACGAAGAACGCAGAAAACAGCGUGAGCUAGAGUUGGAACAAGAAAAGCAGAGAAUAGCUGAACGUGCUAAACGUGAAAAAGAGGCGAGAGAACGUGCUAAACGUCUAGAAGAAGAGAAAGCGCAUGUCAAGAAACUGUUACUUGAAGCAGCGCGUAAAGCUGAAGAGGAAAGAAAAGCGAAAGAAGCGAAAGAACAAGCCAAAGAAGAGGCAGAUCGCCAGAAACGACAAGAGCAUCUGCGGUCGCUUUUGGAUCGCGAAAAGGCUAGACUUAGAGCUCUCCAAGAGAAGGAAGCGGCGCAGCGUCGCCUUUUGGUGGAGAAGCAAGAGCUGGAGAAGAAAAUGCGGGAAUUGCAGGAGCAGCGAGCUAGCAGCCAAGCGAGACCUCCUCCGAUGCAGCAACCUCCGCUGAUGACUGCACCUCCUGUAUACCCGGAACCGCAAUUAGUACAACCGAAUAUGAGACCUCCGCAAAACUUUGGUGGUCCUCCACAAGAAUCAUUCCGACAACCUUUGCUGGGUCAAGCCCCACCAAUGGCUCAAAAUGGAUCUGGCUUCGUUGUUCCACAUCCACCAGUUUCCUUCGCAGUUGGGACGCCAAUCCCUCCGCCAAGGGAACCGCCGAAGCCGUUAUUUCCAAAAUUUGUUCCCAUUGGCGAAGGAGUUCCGGUUUACAAUGGACCAGAGGAUACAGAGAAACCUUCGCGAAUCAAGCCUGCUUCUCCAGUGAAUGCUCGCCCAUCGCUGUGUGAAAGAAGAGUUGAUCCAUACAUAUCUAAUGCGAAGAUUAUACAGACAAGAGACCAGCUCGUCGACUUCAUUUGGAGACAGGGUGCAGAGCGGAUACCACCCAAUGAGUUACCUGUGCAGUUCAAUGAGAAAGCGGCUCAGAUCGAGGGUGCUCUUGGUGUGGAUUGCUUGUAUGAGGUGAUAAUUGUGUAA